AUGAAUCAAAACUCUAAAAAUAAAGAAUUUGUGGAUUAUGUCAAUUCAUUGCCUGAAACUCAAUCAAAAGAAAAACUUCUUUGGUAUUGGUCUGACUUCACAAAUCAAAAAGAUUUUAAUAAUGCGGUGUAUAUUGAUUGUAUAAACUUUUGGAAGAAGAUUUUAGACGAGUGUAGUAGAAGUAAAUGGCUAGGCGAAGAUGUUUUUUGCAUAGAAAUAAGCGACUCCACCAAACAAAUAUUUGCAAGUUAUAACGGACAUGAACCUCUUGGGAUUCAAUGUGUUAUUAAAGAAAUGUAUUUAGAAUCAGAAUUGAUGCCUCUUAAAGAGUAUUGUUCAACAUUUAUUUCACAGGGUUGGUUAAGUUGGAUAUACACUAGGUUAGUAUCACAACCAAUAGCAUGGACAUUUCAAAAUUUAACAGGAUCAGAGCCUGUUAAUAUUAUUUCAGGAAAAUGGGUGAAAAUGGAUAAAUUGAAAGAAUCAUCAACUAAAAUUAUCCAACUUCAUGAAAAAAUUGCACUAAAUCAGAUUUCUGAUAAUCUUUAUACACUUGCUACAUUUAAGUCAGAGUUUGCAACUAAAAUAAUUCCUGGUUCAGUGCUUACAGAUACAGACAUAAAAGUGUUAAUCACUUAUUUAGAAUAUGAUCGUAAAAUCAUUGUAACAAAAAAUUUGAGUAAUGAAUCUCUUCACAAACAUGAUAGCAAUCCUGAUGAUUUGGUGAUCAAGUUUUGUUUGAAAAAAUAUAAUAAUAAAUUAAAACUUGAAAUUACGGAAUUGGAUUGUAAUAUUAUUACAAUAAAAGAAACAUCACGGAAACUACACGAACAAAUUCAAGAUAUAGAAACUCGAAUCAAAGAGUUAAAGACAGCCGCCAGUAAAUACAUUUCUCUUAAACAGAAAGCACUAGCAAUGAGAGAUUUACGAAAAAAACUACUACUUGAUAAAAUUUUAGUUAAAAGAAUAAAUUCCUUAGAAACAGUUGAAACAAUCCUAUUAAAAAUUCAAGAAGCUGUAUCUGAUGCAGAGAUAAUUGAAGGUUAUAAAGCUGGGGCUGAUGCAUUGCAAAAUACAUUGGCCAUAAGUGGUCUAAGUAUUGAUAAAGUAGAUGAAACAAUGGAUCAUCUACAAGAAGUUCUUGCAGAUCAAAAGGAAAUUGAUGAUGCUAUGAAAUCAGGACAGGAUUCAAUACUUGGUGCAGCAUUAAAUAAUGAUGUUGACGAUGAAUUAGAAAAAGAAUUAGAGAAUUUACUAGCUGCAGAAGAAGAAAGAAGGGCGCUAAAAGAAGAAGUGAAGCAACCAAUAAAAGUAAAAGAUCAAGAAUUAGAAUCAUUAGAAACAAAACUACAUGACUUGGAGGUUGAAUCACCACCUAUACCAGAUAAAAAUCCCAAUUAUAUUACACCUUCCUCUUCAUCAUCACACAAAAAUAAACAAGCAAUUUUGUCAGAACUAUAA